AUGGGCGAAUCGUGCUACAGUGUUACCGACAUUGACACAGUAUCCGAGCGCACGAGUGUCAGGAACUACACCUUCAGCGGCCUACUCUUUGCCGCCCCACUCAAGGCGGGGACAAUGGGCGUCGGCGUCGCCGUGCGAAUUCUUGCAGGGCAGGCCCAUGCGGGAGAGGGAGACUUUCGUCCAACCUGUGAGUACGUGAAGAAGCUGGUCGUUGCACGCGUUGGUAAGGAAGAGUUAAAGAACUACAGGGUGCUCGACAUCGCAGGUUUGGGCAGGCUGCAUGUUUGUAUUACAUGA